AUGAUGAACUUGAAUCGAACGGUGGUGACUGAGUUUCUUCUCCUGGGAUUUUCUACCUCUCCAGAGAGGCAGGUUUUACUCUUUGUGGCACUGUUAGCCAUUUAUCUGGUCACUGUGGUGGGAAACCUCCUCAUUAUCCUUGUAACUUUGGUGGAUCCCACCCUUCACACCUCCAUGUACUUUUUCCUCUCUAAUUUGUCUGCCUUAGAGGUUGGUUACACCUCGGUCACUGUCCCCAAAAUGCUGGUGAGCCUCAUCUCAGGGGACAAACGCAUCUCCUUUGCUGGCUGUGCCAUGCAAAUGUGCUUCUUCCUUUGCUUUGGGAGCACAGAGUCUUCCUUUCUGGCCACGAUGGCGUAUGAUCGCUACGUGGCAAUAUGCAACCCCCUGUGUUAUCCCAUGAUUAUGAACAAGAAGGUGUGUGUUCUGCUGGCAGCCACUUCCUGGACAAUCGGCAUCCCAGCCCAGGUAGUGCAGACCGGUUUGGUGUUCACCUUACCCUUCUGUAGCUCCAAAGAGAUCAACCAUUUCUUCUGUGACCCGGCCCCUCUGCUGUUGCUGGCCUGUGCUGACACCUCCAUGAAUGAAACAAUGUCCAUGGCAAACCAGACAACGGUGACCGAGUUUAUUCUCCUGGGACUUUUCAGUGACCCGCAGCUCCAGACUUUCCUCUUCCUGGUGUUCCUAGUUAUUUACCUGACCACCCUAGGGGGCAAUGUGGCCAUCAUGUUGGUGAGAAGGGCUGAUCCCCACCUGGAUACCCCCAUGUAUUUCUUCCUUUCCCAUUUAUCCUUCUCAGAUAUCUGCUUCUCCUCAGUAAUGGUGCCUAAGAUGCUGGAGACCCUCUUAUCAGAGCGGAAAACCAUUUCUGUCAGCUGCUGCUUUGCCCAGAUGUUCUUCCUCCUCCUGUCAGGGUGUAGUGAGGUUUUCUUUCUCUCAGCGAUGGCUUACGACCGAUACGCUGCCAUCUGCGACCUGUUGCAUUAUAUCAGGACAAUGAGCAAACACGUCUGCAGUCAGCUGGUGGCCGGUGCAUGA